UAAAAAUAUAUUUUAUUUUUAACAAAUAAUUUUUGAGAAGCACAAAGGUGCAUCAUAUUCUCGUAAAAAUUGAUUUAUAUCUUUCUAUAUUAUAUAAUUUGUUACCUUGCACAUUAAAAACUUUCAUUAUCAUUUUUUUAUAAUAACAUAAUUCGUAUACAUAUUACAUCUUAUAGAAACAAUACAAGAUGAUAUUCAAGAGGCGUUAGACUGGCUAGACAAAAAUCAAGCUCCUUGGGACAUGGUUUUAGACCAUUGGAGAAAAACUUCUGCUCAUCGAACCAAAGCUUUAAAAGAAUCAAGUGACACUAAUUUGGUGGAUAUAUUUGAAAAAUGGAAACUCUAUAAGCACGCUAGUGGACAUGAAUUAAUUAAUACUGAUUUUCAAUGCCUAAAUUUAUCCAAAGUAAAUUUGGAUAAAGAUGUUUGGUUUAAUUUUUUUGAUACUUUGCUAAAGCACGCCUCUCUUAGCUCCAAAGACGAAACAGCAAAGAUGCUUCUGGAAUCUAUGAAAUCUAAAGAUGUUUCAGACAAUGCAUUAGUGGCCAUGAGUGUAAGUUUACUCCCUCACUUGUAUCCGCCAAAACAUAUGAAAAGAAUACGGAAUAAGAGUUUCAAGCCUUCUAUUUGCCCUGUGAUAAGCAUAUCAUAUCUAUUGAACAUGCAGUAAAACAGCUAACUAAGGGAAAUACCGAAGAGGAACAAAUGGAAUGAGUACAAAGAAUUAUUUUAAUAUAAAAUGCACGAAAGAAAAUAUUUUCUUGUUUUUUUAUUACAAUAUUUAGUCUUGCGAUAAGUCACGAAAUAUAUAAUAAUAUACUGUAAACUGAAAGCGCCCGAUAUAAUAUCGAUAUAAUAUCAUUUAUUAUGUUUAUUUUAUCUUGUAUUUAUGUAGAUUUUAAGUUUAUGUUAAAUUGCGUUUCAUAGAAAAUGUUUUCUUGCUUUUUCUGCUCCCAUUUAUUCUUUAAAACAUAAAGCAUUUAUGAAUUAUGAGGUGCAAUGUAAU